AUGGCGGCAAUCUCCAGCACAGGAACGCGAAAUACGAACUUGGGUGGAGGAAAUGUUGAAGGCAAGACUAAUCCGGCCCUCAUCAUCGCCAAACGGAGCUCCUACUUUCUGUUUCAAAAAAGCUGUAUGUUGGAGGAUCUAAACCGCAUUCCAGGGAGCGGAUGGAUCAUAUCUCCAGCACAGGAACGUGAAAUACGAACUUGGGUGGUCGAUUACAUAUUUACGCGUGGUAAUGAUAUCCAAUCUCAUCUCGAUGUGUUGGAUACGGUACUCACACGACUAGAAGAGAAUCACUUCUACGUCAAGCUGAGCAAGUGCGUAUUUUGUUCAGCAGAAAUACCGUGUCUUGGAGACUAUAUUGGACGAAAUGGGAUACGAAUUGACCUCAAGAAGGUAGUAGUGCUGCGCGAGUGGUCUCUGCCUAAAACGAAAAACGAGUUGCAAUCAUUUCUGGGAACUGCGACCUACGUGCAACGCUUCUUUGCAGGUUUCGCUAAUGACGCAGGACCAUUAUUUGAUAUGAUCAAGAAAGACAAGUUGAAGAAUAACAAAAACAUUGGGUGGUCAGAGGAUCAGAAACAGCACUUCGAGUCAUUGAAGCAGAGAAUAUCGGCUACACCAAUCCUCGCUGUUGCUGAUUUCAGUAAACCGUUUUAUAUGCGAAUGGAUGCGACUAGAAAAACAUGA